AAUUAGACGGCAUAUUUACCCUAGAAGUGUUUAUCUCGAAAUUAAACAGUCUUCAUUAAGUACUUGACGAUCCGAAGAACCUUUGCACACGUGCUUUUGAAGAGCUAGUGUGUGUAAAUUCCGUCCUUUGUUUCCGUGCAUGAUGAAUUCAUGUCGCGGAAGCCAUGUCCAUAUUUGCAGAAAUGCACUUUCCAUAUUUGUCGAUGGCUCCCAUAACCAGAAUUCGCGUCGUAAGAGGUUCAUUUCUGGCUAAGGACAACCUCAGUUGCCCAAGGCUACCUCACGUAUGUAACAAAACCGAGGAGCCUUUCAAAAUUGAUUUGUGUUUUUCAAAAUCUUACUUUGAAUCAUGUACCGAACAGCUUUUCGCGCGGGAAAGCGUUUGUAUGCGAGCAGUUUAUGGAAGGCAAUCGACAGUGAUUUUACUGCGAAGUCUACGGGUAGAACGAUCAAAGCUUCGCUGAUGGUGGCGCGAUGUUCUUCAAGUUCAAUUCAGAAAUUCAGUUUAAGCGAGAUUACUCCAUCUUCAGAUGCAUUUUGUCGUCGACACAUAGGACCCGAUGCCGAGGAGGAAAAAGAGAUGCUUCGAACACUCAACUUACAGAACAUAGAUGAGCUGAUCGACAAAACUUUGCCAUCCGCAAUCAAAUACACCAGAACCCUUGAAAUGGACGAAGCUCUAAGUGAACCAGAUCUCUUGGAGAAGUUACGACAAUUAGCAAAACACAAUCAGAUCUGGAGGUCAUAUAUUGGCAUGGGAUACCAUAACUGUCACGUACCAACUACAAUCUUGAGAAAUAUUUUGGAAAAUCCUGGCUGGUACACAUCGUAUACCCCAUACCAACCUGAACUGGCUCAAGGAAGAUUGGAGUCCCUGUUGAAUUUCCAGACAGUGGUCAGUGACCUCACAGGGCUGGAUAUUGCCAAUGCAUCACUACUGGAUGAAGCAACGGCUGCUGCAGAGGCUAUGGCACUUUGUUACAGGCAUAACAAGAAGCCUAAGUUUUUUGUGGAUAAGAAUUGUCAUCCUCAGACUAUUUCCGUUGUGCAGACUAGAGCAAGCACCCUAGGUCCUGAUGGGGAAGGUUUACAAAUAAUCAUUGGUGACAAAGAAUCAUUUGACUUUUCCAAUAAGGAUGUCAGUGGAGUACUCUUCCAAUAUCCAGACAGCAGUGGCAAUAUUGAUGAUUUCUCUGAACUGGUGGAAAAAGCUCAUGAUGUUAAGGCAUUAGCAGUGUGUGCUACAGAUCUUCUUGCCCUCACAAUUCUAAGGCCUCCAGGGGAAUUUGGUUGUGAUAUUGCCAUAGGAUCCACACAAAGAUUUGGUGUUCCCCUUGGUUAUGGUGGACCUCAUGCAGGCUUCUUUGCUGUGCGCAACAAAGGAAACUUAAAUAGAAUGAUGCCUGGAAGAGUGGUUGGUGUAACCAGAGAUUCACAGGGGAAAACAUGUUAUCGAUUGGCACUUCAAACACGUGAACAACACAUCAGAAGAGAGAAAGCUACCAGCAAUAUUUGUACAGCUCAGGCCCUUCUUGCCAAUAUGUCAGCAAUGUAUGCAGUCUACCAUGGGCCAAAGGGAUUGAAAAGCAUAGCCAGACGGAUGCAUAAUGCAACUCUCUUGUUAGCAGAAGGGUUGAAACGUGCUGGACACCAAGUAGAGAAUGAUCUCUUCUUUGACACUUUAAAGGUGACAUCUGGCAUUGGAGAUGUUUCUGACAUUCUUGAGAGAGCUAACCAACGACAAAUUAAUCUGAGAGUGUUUGAUGACAAAGCUGUUGGUGUAUCAUUGGAUGAGACAGUCAAAGAAAAGGACUUGGUUGAUCUUUUGUGGGUGUUUGGCUGUGACAGUUCAGUUGAAUCUUUAGCAGCCAAUAUGGAUGAAGUACCAGAAAAAAGUAUUCUUAACAGCACAUACAAAAGAUUGAGUGACUACUUGACUCACCCUGUUUUUAACAGUUAUCACUCCGAGACAAACAUUGUUCGAUACAUGAAGCUUUUGGAAAACAAAGACAUUUCCUUGUGCCACUCUAUGAUUCCUUUGGGUUCUUGUACAAUGAAGCUUAAUGCCACAACUGAAAUGAUGCCUAUCACCUGGCCGAAGUUUGCUGACAUCCAUCCAUAGGCCCCUGUGGAACAAGCCCAAGGUUAUCGCCGUCUCUACGAAGAACUGGAGAAAGAUUUGUGUGAAAUCACUGGCUUUGAUGCUGUGUGUUUCCAAUCAAACAGUGGAGCACAAGGUGAGUACACUGGUCUGAGAGCCAUCAGAGCUUACCAUGAGCACAAUGGAGAAGAGAACAGAAAGGUAUGCCUUAUCCCUGUGUCUGCACAUGGCACAAACCCUGCAAGUGCUCAAAUGGCUGGUUACCAAGUGCAAGUUGUCAAAGUUGAAGAUAACGGAAAUGUCAGCAUGAGUGACUUGAGGAUGCAGGUUGAGAAGCACAGCAAAGAUUUAGCCGCCAUCAUGGUAACAUAUCCUUCAACUAAUGGAGUCUUUGAAGAAGGAAUCAGGGACAUUUGUGACUUGGUACAUGAGCAUGGUGGACAAGUCUAUCUCGAUGGCGCAAACUUGAACGCUCAGGUUGGAAUCUGCCGGCCAGCGGAUUACGGCGCAGAUGUUAUGCACACCAAUCUCCACAAAACCUUCUGUAUUCCCCACGGGGGUGGGGGACCUGGUAUGGGACCUAUUGGAGUGAAAAAGCAUCUGAUUCCGUUCUUGCCUUCCCACCCCGUCGUUGCACCUCAGAGUUCCAGAGGUGAACGUACCCAUCCAUUUGGAGUCAUCUCAGCCGCUCCAUAUGGGUCCAGUGCUAUUUUACCCAUCUCCUGGUCGUACAUCAAACUUAUGGGCCCCAAAGGACUCGCACAUGCAACUAAGAUUGCUAUCUUGAACGCAAACUACAUGGCCGCCAGACUGAAGGAUCACUAUGAUGUUCUGUUCAUCGGAAAAGACGGUUAUUGUGCCCAUGAGUUUAUUGUUGACGCCAAAGAUUUUAAGAAAUUUGGUAUCGAAGCAAUUGACAUUGCCAAGAGGCUUCAGGAUUAUGGUUUUCAUGCACCCACAGUAUCUUGGCCUGUGAGCACCGCCCUGAUGAUCGAGCCCACAGAGAGCGAAAGCAAAGCUGAGCUGGACAGACUCUGCGAUUCACUCAUAAUGAUCCGCGAAGAAAUCCGUUUCGUAGAAGAAGGUCUGAUAGAUAAGGCGAAUAACCCAAUAAAGAAUGCCCCUCAUACGCAGGAUGUAGUCACAGCAGAUGUAUGGGACAGCCCUUACAGUAGAGAAGUCGCUGCCUUCCCCGCUCCUUGGUUAAAGGGAACUGCAAAAUUCUGGCCAACGUGUUCACGAGUGGACGACAGAUACGGCGACCAACACUUGGUGUGUUCGUGCCCACCACUUGAGAGUUACGAUUAUGAAAAAACCAAGUCUUUUGCUUAAAAAUAUUAACAAUUUAGAGAUGCCAUCCUUUGCGAGCUUCCUUGAAACCUGUGGGAUAUAUUUCUUGCCGUUAUGUACCUGGGAACGCCUGGUUUGGGCAUCUUGAAGAAAGCAAUUGGACAAAUAAUAUCGACAUAUUACUCUAAGAAUUUAUGCAAUUUCCAGAAUUAUCAAUGGCACAGACAUGGAAGCGUUAAUUGUUCGAAAAGUGAAUUGAACACAUCAGGACGAUACCUAGAACGUAGUUCAAUGCGAACACCUCACCUCUCAUGUUCUUUUAUGAGGUUCUACACCGUAUAAAAGCAAAGGAUUGUUUCGGUGGAAGAAAGCCUUCGUACUCAAGCUUUUCAGCUGAUUUUUCUCCAAAAGGUGAAGCUACAAUUGCCAAAACAAGAGGGAGCUACGACACACCACUAAGUUAUUUUUGCAACGUUCAAAGUUAUGUUUACAUCAAAGGAAAGCUUGCAAUAUUAUGUUUUUAGGGUAAAAAGCGUGGAAGUGAUGAAAAUAAAAAUGAGGAAACAGGGAUGAUUGAUAACGGAGUUACAAAAUUGAAAAAUUGGUCUAAAUUUUUCAGCUAAUCUUUUCCGCUCUUCUCGCAUUACUUUCUUUAUCUUUGGCGGAGUACCAUGCGCCUGCGUUUUCUUUGCCAACACUGCUAUUAGGCACGUGACGUGUGUUGCCCAUUAUGACGCAUUGUGUGAAGAGUCUGCUGUCAUUUGGGGAAAUGACUCUUCGUGUUUUGAUAUAUUGUAGGAGAGGAUAGUCAUCCUCUUCUAUUUUCAUUGAUUAUAGAUUUUAACGGUUGCAUGCGCUAAUAAGACUAAUAUGACAAUGGAAUUAAUAGAAAAGAAAAGAUUCUUAUA